AUGGGUAUCAAUAAUCCAAUUCCAAGAAGUUUAAAAAACGAAUCAAAAAAAGCUGCCAAAGUUUUAGCUUCUUUCAUAAAACCAAAUCAAGUGGCAGGUGCAGAUCAAGUCAUUCCUCCUCAUGUCUUGAAAAAUGCUAAAGGGUUAGCCAUCAUAACAGUAUUAAAAGCUGGGUUCUUAUUCUCCGGAAGAGCAGGAUCAGGAGUUAUCGUUGCCAGAUUACCAGAUGGAACUUGGUCUCCUCCUUCUGCCAUUGUAACUGCCGGUGCCGGUGUAGGGGGUCAAAUUGGUGCAGAAUUAACUGAUUUUGUAUUCAUCUUAAACUCAAAAUCAGCUGUUGAUUCAUUUGCUCAAAUGGGUUCAGUUACUUUAGGUACUAAUAUAUCUGUGGCUGCGGGUCCAUUAGGUAGAAAUGCAGAAGCAGCAGGAACUGCCUCAUUAAAAAGUGCAUCUGCUGUGUUUGCCUAUUCUAAAACAAAAGGGUUAUUCGCUGGUGUUUCAUUAGAAGGUUCAGCCAUUGUUGAAAGAAGAGAAGCCAAUAGAAAGUUUUAUGGUAGUAACUGUAAAGCAAGAAAUAUUUUAGCCGGUCAAGUUGAAGCUCCUCCAGCUUGUGAUUCUUUAAUGAGAAUCUUAGAAAGUAGAGUAUUCAAUAAUAGAUUACCUUAUGAAGAUGACGAUUUCUAUAAUAAUGAUGAUUAUUAUGAUGAUAUUCCAGAUGAUAUUUCUGAUACUACAUCUGGUGCAUCUCCAAGAAGAAGAGGUAGUCGUGGAACUUCAAGAAGAAAUAAUUAUUCUGAUGAUGAUGAUAAUUAUUCUGAUGAAUAUUCUGAUGAUGAUCGUGAUUAUAACAGAAAUAGAAGACCAUCUACAAGAAAUACUACCUAUAGUAGUAAUCAUAAUGGAACUUCUACCAAUACUAAAAAACCAACAUCAUCAUCUUCAAACUGGGAAGAUGAUAUCUAUGAUUCUGGAAACAGAAGAAGAAGUAAUACUCAUGGUAAUGAUGUGGACAACUUAGGUAGUAGAUUAAAUAAAACAAGAUUAUCAAAUUCAGGACCUUCAAGACCUCCAGUUGCUUCCAAGCCAAGUUAUGGAGGUAGAGAUUCCAAACCAAACACUAAUCAAGCUAUUGCCUUAUACACAUUCAAAGGUGAACAAAAUGGUGAUUUACCAUUUAAGAAGGGUGAUGUGAUAGAUAUCAUUAAGAAAUCAGAAACGGUUGAUGAUUGGUGGACAGGAAGAAACAAUGGUGUAACUGGUAUUUUCCCUGCCAAUUAUGUUGAAUUGAUCUAA